ACAACUUCGUUGUUUGCCUUUUUUUUUAUUGCAGUAGAGGUGGACGAUUCGGUGGCGCGGGUGGGUAUAAAUACGUUACACAUCCCGACACUCCACCAGUCCGGCUCACGGUACGAACCUGAAAGCAACAACUACCAGCAUAACCAUGUACAAACUGUUGGUGCUGUCUGCCCUCGUGGCCGUGGCGAUGGGAGCCGUUGCGGAGAUUGCCAAGGACGUCGUUCCCAUCGUCAAGCAAGAAAACGUCAUCAGCCCCGAAGGAAACUUCCACUACUUGUUCGAGUCCGGCGACGGCACCCGCGCCGAGGAGGACGGCACGCUGGUGAAGUCGCAGGACCCCAAGGAGCCCGACACGAUCGCGGUGCGCGGCAGCGUGUCCUACACGGCGCCCGACGGCACGCCCGUGCAGCUCACCUACACGGCCGACGAGAACGGCUUCCGGCCUGAAGGCGCCCACAUCCCCGUGGCGCCGCCGGUGCCGGAGGCGAUCGCGCGCGCCCUCCAGUACAUCGCCGAGCACCCGCCCCCGCCAGAGGUGGUCGCCGCCAGGAAGCAGUAAGAGACGUCGCUGACCCUCUGGCGGCACCGGCGCUCCUGGCCGCGUCGCCCAGGAUGGCACCCGUCGCACGGUUCCCCUGAGCACUGCCCGACAGGGCAGCCUCUCCGUCACCCCACUACUUCGACGACGACCCAUCGCUCUGAACUCUGUCCGCUGGCCGCCGUGCGGCCAGUCCCCCCGUCUCUGUAACGUUUUCCCCGCCGCAGUCCCUCGUCUAUCCACAGUCCCCUCCCAAACUCUUCAGCAAGCUUUUAUUGUAAUUUUUGUAUAUCGCAACUGUAUAAUAAAAGCGCAUGUAUAUACAUCAAAA